AUGGAAUUUACUUUCACCUUAAAGUUUUUACAGGGUAGUGUGGUCCCUAUUGUCACCACACAAGCCACUGCUUUGGGCACACCUUUGAACGCCGAACUAGCCACUCCCCCUGAAGUUACCCAAACGGUAGUUCAACCACCACAACAACAACAACAACAACGUGGUCGUGGUGUGGGACGCGGACGACGUAAUUGGCGAGGUGGAUAUCGAGGGUGGCGAGAUGUUAACCGCGAAUGGCAAGGUGAUAAUCGCAGAUGGCAAGGCCGCGGGUGGUAUGACAGAGAUCAUGGCAGUAGACGUCGUGCUAGCGGUGGUAGUGGUCAUCAGAGCGACCGUCGUGGUGGUGGUGAUGUCAGCGAAGGUGGUGUUGGAACUGGAAGAUAA